GAAUUGUCUCCAAUGGCUUCGAACGCCAGUCUCACGGUCGUAACGGGCGGGUGAGACGGUACUUUACGAGAGAACAAGGAAAACACGCGAUGUUUGGGGACGCACCAACGUAUCUGUUGCUAACAUUUGAGUUAACUGUUUAGGUUUCAGUUGAUUUUUACCGGGCACUAGAGCUAGGUAACACUAUUAUUUAUAUCGUGGUCCGACGAGGGAGUUUAAUUCCUAAACAGUGGAGAUGCAGCCUGCAGCAGCGAAGUGGUAUGACCGACGGGAGUCUGUUUUUGUAGAGUUCUGCGUGGAGGACAGUAAAGAUGUGCAAGUAAAUUUUGACAAGUCCAAAUUUGAUUUCAGCUGUGUCAGUGGAACAGAUAAUAUCAAAUAUCAGAAUACAGUGGACCUGUUUGGGGAGAUCGACCCCAAGGGAUCCAAACACAGACGCACUGACAGGUCAGUGUUGUGUUGUUUACGAAAAGCAGAGGCUGGGAAAUCAUGGCCACGGCUUAGCAAAGACAAGACAAAGUGCAACUGGCUGGGUGUGGAUUUCAACAAUUGGAAAGACUGGGAAGAUGAUUCAGAUGAGGACUUGUCAAGUUUUGACAAAUUCUCAGAGAUGAUGAACAGUAUGGGUGGGGAUGAACUACUUGAUUUAGGUGGUGCAGAUGACGAGCAUGAUUCAGGUGACAGUGACAAUGAAAAAACGUCUGACCGUGAGUAGAUGAACAUGGAUGCCACCUCAGUAGUAAACAAAGUGAGUUAUAAAUCGUUUGAAGAGAGAGACUAGGCAUGAGUUGGCAGCCAUGUUGGACAAGAAACCUCGUCUCUACGCAGUUUCCAAAGUGAACCCCCCCCCCUAAGGGAGUGGCAGUGAGUGACUGUUGGAUACAGAUAUGCACAGACAUCCAUAGCGACAUACAGUGCUGUGCUUUGCUGUUUUGUUCUGCAUGGACAAUUCUGUUCAAAUGAAAAUGUUAUUGUUCAUUGGCUUAAAUGACUGUAAUGGGAUGUGCUGAUGUCUUACACUUCUCUCUCCAUUUUUUUGUUUUUGUUUUGUUUUUUUUGGCUAUGUCAGGUUAUGUAUUGAACAUUGUGAUUUCUAAUGAAGAAAAAAAAAUGCAAAAUGCCUAUUUUCCAAAAAAGUCAACUUUUUUAAUGACAGAUUUUCCCCUUUAAUGUUUGUAUUGUAAAUUGCACUUAUUUUGUUUGUUAAUUUAAAAAGCAGCAGAGUUCUGCUUUAAAUGGGUUUUCCAGUUUAUGCCAACAUUUGCAAAUAUUUAACAAUAAUCUCAUUACUUUCAACAUAUUUCAGCAUUUAAAAUAAACAGUUACGCUUGUGCAACUUACAGCUUGUGUUGAGAUUAUGGUAUUAGAUUGGUACAAUCUUUGCAUACAGUCAUACCUUUGCAAGGGUGAGUUUGUUUCUCUAUGCCAGUGUAUGGAACAUUACACAUUGUAGCAGGUACAAAUAUUAAUUUUCUUCCAGAGGUGAGUGCAGAAAUUGUUUGCAGUCUACCAAACAUUUUCCAAAUGGUUUAAACAAUACAGGUUAUUAAUGUUUGUUAUUAGAAAUGCUAGAACUAUCCUUCGGAGGCUUGUGUGUUUGAUUCAACAUGUGUUGAACAUCUUUGCGUUUGUCUUAUGCCAUUUGAAUUUGGGUAUACAUUUCUAAUAAACUCUUUCAGACCAUUGGAUAUGA